AUGUCUAUCAUAGUAAUAUUUUUGACUUUUAUCUUCUAUUCAGAUGAUUUAUUACAAAAUAAACCAAUCGACGGUACAGCUGAUUUGUUGUGCUAUGAUUUUGACCCAAGCUGUAGAUGGUAUAACAUGCAUAGUUUGCUAAUAGAUGACUUGUAUUGGUUUCGUGGACAUGGUCUUCUUGACGGUAACCGAUUGAAAAUUUCAACAGGAACUAAAACUAUCCCUGAUGGCAAUUAUGCCAUAGUAGCAACAGAUCAUAUCAAGAAUCCAAAGUCGAAAGCAACAUUGGUUAGCGAUGUAAUAAGUUGUCAACUUGGACCAGCAGAACUUCGAUUUAUGUAUUGGCUGAGUCCCGAAGUACGACUAACAGUUUGUGUGAAACGUACUAGCCAACCAUAUCCUAAUUAUGAUUUUUGUUUUGAUCCAAUUCAAAAUGGUAAUCCAGGUCCAGCACAUAUAAGUAUAGAUGACAUGGAAAGACAACCAUUUCAGAUUUUUAUUCAAGCCGAUAAUUUUAUGUUCCAAUCCGCCAAUCUUAAUGGAGGCUUUGCUAUUAUCGACAACAUUGAAUACUUUGGAGAUUUAUGCUCUGAUGCAGCUGUGCCCCCAGACAGUCAAGAAUUCACUAAUACACGCCUCGUACGUAAUGAAUACAAGCCGAUGCGAAGUACUGAUAGCAAAAAGUUAAUUAGUGAAAGUAAUUACGAAUCAGUUUGUGAUGUUCUACAAUGUACAUUUACAAACAAUGAUGGCCACUGUGGUCUUGAUAUUGCAAAUUCGAUGUGGUCUUUUAGGACAACUGCUGACAAUGAGAUAAGUAUCGAAGGUGAUGCCUCGAACAUACCAUAUAAUACAGGUGAAGGAUCAUUCAUUUUUCUCAAAGGUCCGGUAGCAAAAUCUCGACUUUACAGUAUGCCUUUCCAAUAUUCUAUGGACUUUAUAUUUGUUUUUGCUUAUUACCGAACAUCGAAUGACUUCAACUUCUAUAUUUUGGCUAAAAUGAAAGAUGACUUCAAGGAAAGAAUUAUUUUUACGGCAAAAAAUAAGGAGGAACAAACUAGACGAUGGUAUCGAGAAUUGAUAUUCAUGCAAGCUGGAUUCUAUGAUUAUGUAGUGUUCGAGAUUCAGAACCUAGAAGAUGAUGAAUACAUUGGUAUCGACGAAUUUAUGGUGUUGGAUUCAAAAAGAAAACCUGUUUGCCAAGAACAAAUAUAA